UUCGAAAUUUUGAAAAUGAUUCGAAUCGUUCUUUUGUUUCUUCUGAUCGCACUCGCGCUCUCAGCCAGAGAACCGCGCCAAAUAACUUUAGCCAACCAAGGGACGAUAGCGGGCAUGUACCUCACAAGAUUCAGGACUAAAAGGAUAGCUGCGUACGUAGGGAUACCCUAUGCCCAGCCUCCUAUAGAUUUCAGAAGAUUCACGGCCCCAGAAUACACAGAUUUGCCACAGUGGGAGGGGAUCAAAAACGCAACGAUAUACGCGCCGGAUUGUAUGCAAAGUGAGCCCAAGAGGGAAGAUGUGCUCAUUCCUUGGCAUAAACACGACGAGUUGUUUUCGAAGCUUCUGGAUGCGCAGUUGGAGGAGCCGAGGAAGAAGGAAAUAUCGGAGGAUUGUUUGUACUUGAACGUGUACGUCCCGGACGACUUCAAGGUGGAGGGGUACCCGACGAUGGUUUACUUCCAUGGCGGUGACUUCGUGCGCGGGAGUCCUCAAAGCAUCAAUCCGUUCCAACUGGUGCUAAAACAAAAGGUGAUCUUCGUAACAGUAGCCUACAGGUUGAACAUAUUUGGCUUCUUCUCAACCCUAGACAACGAGGCGCCAGGAAACUUUGGUCUUUUAGACCAAGCAGCUGCAUUACAAUGGGUCCAGAACAACAUUGAGAGUUUCGGCGGAGAUCCAAACAACAUCUGCAUAUUCGGCCAUGACGCUGGUGCAGUUAGUGUUGGUCUCCAUCUUGUAUCUUCUUAUUCUGCAGGACUCUACCAGAAAGCUAUAGCUAUGAGUGGCAACGUCCUCUCACCAGAAACUGUCAAUAUAGCACGAAAAGAACUUGUAACCGUGGAUAAGGUAGCCAGCGCCUUCAGUUGUUUCCGAAAACCAACUCACCAACUGCUAGAAUGUUUGAGAAGAGUCAACAGCCAAGCUCUUUUGGAUUUAGGCGAACCACUAGCAGAAUGGAAGCCUAUCGUUGAUGCUGGAUUCAGUAAUACAUCCUCACCGUUUCUGCCAGAACUACCAAGUAAACUCUUCAAGGAUAAAAUCUUCUCCGCUGUACCGGUUCUAACUGGUUAUACGAACAUGGAAGAUGCUCUUCUGCUGCACAACGAAGGUGAUGAAUCUGGUAUUAGUCAGCGAGAAUAUGAUAUUAUGAGAGAAGAAGUGGUCCUUUCUGAUAUAACAGUAGAUAACAGUUCUUGCUUCACAAACCAACAUCACAUACAAGACGCAGUCGCGUUCUUCUACAAACCGAUACCGCCUACUUCAAAUGAAACUAUUUUGCGAAAGCUCUUUUUGGAUUUUUACACAGAUAAAGUGCACGGUGCCACUACUUACCAACUGGCUAAGCAUCUGUGCGAGCAAGCUCCAGUAUAUUUGUACAGAUUUGAUUUGAAGCCUUUCUCGGAUAUAGCAAAUGAAGGAAUUCCAGAGUGGAUAGGGGUGCCGCAUAAUUUUGAUCAGAUAUUUGUUUUCGGACUUCCACACCUAGCUUUGCCGAAAGAUUUGGACAAAUGGGACUACCGAGAUAAAAGCAUAUCAGAAAUCAUCAUGAAAAUGUGGUCCAAUUUCGCCUGGUACUCGAACCCUACGAAUUCUGGGGUCAUUAUUGAUUGGGAGCCGUUCGAAAUAGAGAAACCUGGCUACUUAAUAAUUGACCGGCAAAAUUUCACAAUGAGCACUUCAGAGACGAUUAAUUAUAAAGCGUUCGAGUUUUGGACAGAUUUCUACCCAAAAGUUGUGGAAAUUGGAACGAAAUGUUGUAAAGAAGUUGCGGACGACUCCGGCACAGAUUCCAUUAUCAUGUCAUUGACCUUGGUUUCGGGGCAACGACCCUCGUUCGCUGGAAGCAGGCCCAUUGGCUUUCCCGAAGUUGAGAAGACCACCACCGAAGGAUUGGGGAACAGAUUUGGUGAGGAUGACGUCUCAACAACAACUAUACGCCUGCCCAUAGAAGCGAACGGCGACAGAGACCUGGUAGACCGCCUCAGCAAGCUACCAGUAGACCAGCAACCGUUCUGGUUCAUCAACUGGCAAGCCUACGAAGCCCAUCGGCAGAAACCGCAGACCUUCCCCCAGAAACCAAACGUCUUCGUCGACCCGUUGAGCAACCAGCAACCAACUCAACAGAACUUUAAUCAACAGACGACCGGUUUCACCCAACAGGCAACCAGUUUUAGUCAAGCCCCAACUAAUUUCAACCAAGCUACAACCAGUUUUAACCGACCCCCUACCAAUGUGAACCAGGUCCCAGUGAGUUCAAACCAAGCCAAUUCUGUUCUCGUCAACCGGUUCUCUGAUAAUGAUUUGGUUAGUGAACCAGUUACCGUAAGAACGCCCAAUACUUUGGAAGACCUGUACAAUUCUGGAAGGAUAAUAGCUGUGGCGAAUGCAGAUGGAACGACUUCAUGGCAAAUCGUGGACAAGAAUGUAGUUGCUGCGUUAGAAAGGAUUAAAAAUAAACAGCAAUUGUUGUAAAUAAAACAGAGUAUGAGUUUGGGAGGUGAGGGGAUUCUGACUUAGCAACACAAAGAACACAAAAUGUAGCUAAAUCAAUGGAAUUUUGUAAAGAAAUCUGCAAAAAUGACUAUAAAGAAUCCCAAUUGUGAUUAGUAAUGUGCACUCCCAAUGCAAAUCUUGCCUAAAUUAAUUAGUUAUUUAUUGUAAAAUGAAAAUAAAAAUACAAUUUUGAAAGUAAUAAACCGUUAUAUUGACUUUUUAAAUAAAUAAAACUUAAUUACUAA